UGCACAUUUCGCCGAUUGCUGGGAUCCAUAACAGAGAUAUACGUUCUCGUGCACGUUCCGAAUUUCUUGUAUUGUUUCGUGUGCAGUGGGUGCAGUGACUACGUUUUUAUUAAUUAAGUUAGAUAAUUUGGGGCAAGAUGGCGACGAUUUUGAUAUUUCUUGAAAAUCAAGUUGCGCCGUCCGCCAGCUAAGGAAAUGGGAAAACCUGACCCAUUUCCAAAGAAACACAAAAGUGCCAAAACCAAAGAAAAGUACCACACCGAGUACCACAAUCGCGAGAAGAAAACUCGCGAAAACUUCUACAACACGACCCCCAAUGAGAAACACGCCCAGAACGACUAUUUGAAAAACAACCUCCAUAUCAAGACUUGCGUUUGCGGAAGUCGCGAAAUACUCAAAUUCCAAUCGAAGAAAACCAACUUCCGGAAUUACACGCCGAAAAUUUUGAACCAGGAGGUCAACAUGGGCAUGUGGAUGUGACAAGAUGUCUAUGCUUGCGACCAUAGGACAAGUGGCCCAUUUUGCCGGAAGUUUGACCGGAAAUCCGUUGGCCAUAAUCGGAUUAGUGCCCAUUUUUGCCGCCGGACUUGCUUUCAUGCGAUAUGUCUCCAUAGAUCCGGAGGCGCAUCCGGUCAAUGUCCGGCAUGUCAGACCUGAGUAUGACUUUAUCGUGGUUGGGGGCGGCUCUGCGGGGGCGGUUGUGGCCUCCCGACUGUCCGAAAUCGCCAACUGGACCGUCCUCCUCUUGGAGGCGGGAGGAGACGAGAACGAAAUUUCCGAUAUUCCGGCUUUGAGUGGCUACACACAAAUGAGCCAAUUUGAUUGGAUGUAUCAAACGUCCCCUCCCGGGGAUUCCCCGUAUUGCUUGGCCAUGAUUGGAGACCGGUGUAACUGGCCAAGGGGGAAGGUUCUUGGAGGAUCUAGUGUUCUGAACGCCAUGAUCUACAUCAGAGGAAACCGCCAUGAUUAUGACCAAUGGGCGGCUAUGGGCAAUACAGGAUGGUCGUACCCCGAAGUCCUCCCCUACUUCCUCAAAUCCGAGGAUAACAGGAACCCAUAUCUGGCCCGCACCAAGUACCACAACACCGGAGGGUACCUCACGGUGCAAGAAUCCCCCUGGAGGACCCCUUUAUCCAUUGCGUUCCUCCAAGCCGGCCGGGAGUUGGGGUACGAAGUCCGGGACCUCAAUGGCGAAAAACAAACCGGAUUUAUGCUCUCCCAAGGUACCAUCCGACGUGGUUCCCGCUGUAGUACCUCCAAAGCCUUCCUACGCCCAGUCAAAUCCCGUCAAAACCUCCACAUCGCCAUGUAUUCCCAAGUAACCAAAGUGAUGAUCGACCCCAAAACCAAAACCGCAUAUGGGGUCAAAUUCACGCGAAAUAACCGACCCCAAACCGUGCGGGCGCGCCGCGAGGUCAUACUUUCAGCGGGGGCUAUCGGUACCCCACACAUCCUCAUGUUGUCAGGAGUUGGGGAAAAAUCCCACUUGGAAUCGUUCAAAAUCCCGGUAAUGUCCGACCUCAAAGUCGGUUAUAACCUCCAGGAUCACAUCGGGUUAGGGGGUCUCACGUUCGUGAUCGACGACCCCAUCACAUUCACCAAAACUCGCUACCAGACUUUUGCCGUGGCAAUGGAAUACAUAGUGAAUGAAAGGGGUCCGAUGACCUCACUGGGAGGUGUGGAGGGGCUAGCGUUCGUCAACACGAAAUAUGCCCCAAAAUCGGGGUCCUGGCCCGACAUACAAUUCCACUUCGCCCCCUCCAGUAUAAAUUCCGAUGGGGAACAAGUGAAAAAAAUCACAGGAUUGCGAGACAGUGUGUACAACACUGUGUACAAACCCCUUAAAAACGCCGAGACUUGGACCAUUCUACCCCUUUUACUCAGACCCAGGAGCACGGGUUGGGUGCGUCUCAAGUCCAAAGACCCCAAUAUCUACCCCGACAUUAACCCCAAUUACUUCACGCAUAAAGAGGACAUUUUGACUCUCACUGAAGGGAUCAGGAUUGCCCUAAACGUCUCAAACACCCAAUCCUUCCAACGGUUCAAUUCCCGACCCCAUAAAAUCCCGUUCCCGAAGUGUCGCCAAUACGACUGGGAUUCAGACGAAUAUUGGGAAUGUUCCCUGCGACAUUUCACCUUCACAAUAUACCAUCCCACUUCGACAGCCAAAAUGGGGCCGGCCAGCGACCCCGAUGCUGUGGUCGACCCCCGAUUAAGGGUUUAUGGGAUCAAGGGAUUACGAGUGAUCGAUGCGUCAAUCAUGCCCACGAUUGUCAGCGGGAAUACAAACGCCCCGACGAUCAUGAUCGGCGAAAAGGGGUCGGACAUGAUCAAGCAGGAUUGGGGUAUCAGAGUUUGAUCGUCAAAAACUACUAGUCAAAAAUUUGUAAAUAUUUUAUUUUGUACUGUAUUUUGUAAUUAUUUUUUUAUUAAAAUUUUAUACACUUUAAA